ACAGCAUAAUCGAUCCGGCUACCCAUGCUUUAUUUUCACCAUGGAGAAGCCUGUGGGGUCUUUACAAGAGCAAGCUUUAAAAAGAAAAGAAAGAUUAAAAGCUCUACGAGACCGGCAACUUCAAUGGAAUUAUGUUUGCAGAGAGCUGAAGCUGAGGAAUUACAUGCCGGAGGACGAGGAGCUGAAGGAGCGACGGGUGCCCAAAGCAAAACCUGCAUCAGUGGAGGACAAGGUCAAGGACCAGCUGGAAGCUGCAAACCCAGAGCCUGUGAUUGAGGAAGUGGAUCUGGCCAAUCUUGCCCCCAGAAAACCAGACUGGGAUCUAAAGAGAGACGUUGCCAAGAAGCUUGAGAAAUUAGAGAGGCGAACACAGAAAGCCAUUGCUGAACUUAUACGUGAACGGCUCAAGGGAAGUGAGGAAGAGCUGGCUGGAGCGGUCGGAGCAGUUGGCGUGGAAGAGGGAGACUCGGAUUGAAUCUGUUGAGAAUGACGGUCACGCACAACUGAUUUUCUAGAAGUUUCCUGCCCAAAUCCUCAUUACAUAGCAGUGUGUGUUUAAAAUUGAAUUUUUUUUAUGCUGAGCUCAGCACGAGUUCACACACAUCCAGAUCAGGUGAUUGUGAGAUACAGAAAGAAAGAAUCAGAGGAAUACAGGUGUUUUUGUGUUUCAUUAUGGAGUACACAAAGACGACUUUCUCCUUUUUAUUAUUAUUUAGUUGUUUUGUAUAAGUAAACCGUUCUUUCUUUUCUAAAUUGACUGUCUUUUUCCUUUCUGGGUCUUAUGAUAAAAUAUUUUCCAAUGUCAGUACACUUCUUUUAAAACAGAACUUGAAUGCAGAUAAAGAAGGGCUAAAUUCAUAUUUUCAUGAUGUAUUUUUCUCCUUUCUCAUUAAUAUGAGAGAGUUCUAAAAUCAGACACGUUACAGAGAAGAAUACAAUAUCAUAAUUGAGGAGAACAGUACAGAUAAAACUGCAGUACAUUAUUCUGGCUUCAUGAUAUGUAGAAUAAGUUAGUAAAUUAGUGUGCGUACGUGAGCCAGUCUCUCUCUAAAACAUUUUUUCUAGAAUUAUUCUGCCACGAUUUAAAAGCUGCACAUUUUUGGAAACAAACUGAUAGACCUACUGUACAUUUUGUUAAAAGACAAGUCGUAUGGACAGCACAAGUCUUUGACAAUAAAGUGCAUUCCUCACCUCCCUCUGUAACACGGCUAAAACUAAAAGAGCAAUAAUGUCAUUUCACAUUAAACGUAAACUUAUCC